AUGGCCCCGCCGCCCGCAGCGCCCCCUGCCGGCCCCGGCUCCGCUGCGGGCGGGCGGGGCUGCGGCACUGCGCCUGCGCCGCGGGGAGCGCACGGAGCAGCGCCCCCUGCCCGCCUGCGGCACUGCGCCUGCGCCGCGGGGAGCGCACGGAGCAGCGCCCCCUGCCUGCCUGCGGCACUGCGCCUGCGCCGCGGGGAGCGCACGGAGCGGGGCGAGCAUGGCACCGCCGCCCGCAGCGCCCCCUGCCUGCCUGCGGCACUGCGCCUGCGCCGCGGGGAGCGCACGGAGCGGCGCUCGGGCACCGCCGCCCGCAGCGCCCCCUGCCCGCCUGCGGCACUGCGCCUGCGCCGCGGGGAGCGCACGGAGCGGCGCCCCCUGCCGGCCCCGGCUCCGCUGCGGGCGGGCGGGGCUGCGGCACUGCGCCUGCGCCGCGGGGAGCGCACGGAGCGGGGCGAGCAUGGCACCGCCGCCCGCAGCGCCCCCUGCCCGCCUGCGGCACUGCGCCUGCGCAGCGCUCCAGCCCCGCCCCCGCCGCCAUCUUGUGUGGGAGAGCAGCGCCAGCCCGGCGGGAAAGGCGGGGAGGGAGGAAGGGCAGGGGCGGGUGAGGGAAGUGUAAAGGGAGUUCUGUUAAAGAUUCGUCACGCCAGACGAGUUUGUUGUACAGAAUUUGGUUUAUUAUACCGGCCAUAUGCCAGCGUUUUGGAGACACUGCUGUGGAAAAAUUCUGCGAAUUUCUAACGCAGUAUUUCCAUAGGGCAAAGCUGUAUAAAAUAGAAUUGGGAGAAUCGGGUUCUUGGUGUCCACUGGGGCAGAAUAGGGCCGUUGAGGAGAUCACCACAAUAUCGGAGCCGAUACAGAAUAUUGAAUUCUGUAGCUGAGGAUUUUUUGCUCUUCCCAGAACAAAAAUCCUGCGGUGCUGACUGGGGCACUGGAAUAAAAGGUCUUUUGCACCAGCCUUAUUCAGAACACUGCAGUGACAAAAGUAACUGGGAAUUGAAUUUGCUCUGUUAGAAAGCCCAUGGGUUUAUUAACCUCGUUUCUUCCCAACAAGGCCGGAAUACACACAUCCUCACCUCCUGCUGCACGUGGGAAUUUUUGGGACACCGCUGCCAUGGGAAUGGAGAAUUACUGUGAUUUCAGCACAUUUUUUACCAGAGGGCAGCAGACCUUCCUGAAGAUCAUCCAGGUUUCAAUUUUUCAGAUUUUGGAGAAAGCCUUGGGGAUGAGAGCACAUCUGGAAAUUGUCUGCCUGAAGCUUCGUCUCCCUGGUCGGAUGAGAGUCGCUGUACGGAGAAUUUCUACUCUCUCAUACGGGAGCACAUCAGCAGUUUGCCAUUUUCGCAAAAGGUGAAGCUCCUUGCCUUUGCAGAAAUUGCAGGUGUCAGCACAUCCAUCGUGCGAGCGACAGCCUUUCCCUGGAAAAAUAUGGAUCGGCUGCAGCGGUCCAGUGGAGAGUCAUCAAGACAGGCAGGGGCUGGCACGUGUGAUUGUGAGAAAAGUGUGAGGGAACUGGGCGUGCUCAGCCUGGAGAAGGGAAGGCUGAGAUUCAUCCAUGGACAGAAGCUUGCCAGUGAGGACAGGCGAGUGGAGCAAUUGGUUGCCCAAUGAGAUUGUGCAGGCACCAUCCUUGGGAGGUUUCAGGACCUGGGUCUGAUCCCAAAAGUCACGCUGACAGCAGAGGAUUGCGCUGAAGGUGACCCUGAGACUGGCUGAGUGCCGGUAAUGUUGCCAUGAAUUUUCCUGGUUUGCUGAGCGUUCAUAUUAAAGGAGAAACGUGCAGUUUCUCACGCUGGUGAAUUGUAAACACAGGACCAUGUUUUGUAAAUAUUGACAAUGUUAUGAAUUCUUUCUCCAAGACAAGGGGAGGUUGAAUGACAGCCUCCUAGGCCAAUGUGAUAGGAGAAGUGGCGAUACCCUUCUCCAAUCCAUGGUCACCUUGCCACAGAUAUAUAAUGGAAAAAUAAACUAAGGGCGGGGUCUUCUGCCCUGCUGCUGUUGAUGCACCCAGAUCUGUGUCCCCAGUCUGUUUUUCCUGGUUGGGCCUCCACGGUGAUACAGGUGAGUUUAGUUUCCCAUGGAAAAGGGCCACCGUUCGUGUCCACCACCCUCAUCCGGCCACAUCGGCUUCGGCCUGCAAAAAUGCCGUGGCAUUCAAGAUUUCUCCCAGAUGCAAGAUGCCACAUUUUGGAACUUGGGCUGCUUUUGGAGUGCCAAAUGUCUCCCACAAUCUGACACCAGGAACAUGGCCAGGUGAGUUUAGUUUCCCAUGGAAAAGGGCCACCGUUCGUGUCCACCACCCUCAUCCGGCCACAUCGGCUUCGGCCUGCAAAAAUGCCGUGGCAUUCAAGAUUUCUCCCAGAUGCAAGAUGCCACAUUUUGGAACUUGGGCUGCUUUUGGAGUGCCAAAUGUCUCCCACAAUCUGACACCAGGAACAUGGCCAGGUGAGUUUAGUUUCCCAUGGAAGAUUCACACCGGUUCCGACUGGUUCAGACC